AUUUUGGUUCUGGAAGAAACAAGACUCCAAUUCUUUUCCGUCUCUAUGGGGUCUGCUCAUUUGAUGGAGAAAGUAGGAGGAAACAGGAGUUCAAGAAAGACUUCCACUACCCUGAGAACGUAAAAGGAUCUUAUUCCGUCUGGAUUGGUUCCAAAAUACGUUUUGUUGUUGUUGUUAUCGUCGAUGCACAAUGAAGAAAGGGAUGGUGCGAGAACGAUUCCAAACCCCUGAGUCUUCCGAAGAGCAAUUUAGCAAACUCAGAGCAUCCGUCUCCACUAUAUUGGGGAUAAAGAAGCUGCCAAUUGAUAACACCGAAUGGGAAAGUUACUUUGAUGAGAGCGGCAACUUGUCCAAAUCCCGAGACUACAUUACCGCCCAGAUACUGGACAGGGGUUUAGAUCCCGCUGUGAGACCAGAAGCGUGGAAGUUUCUCACAGGCUACUACUCCUGGUGCAGUUCUUGCGACGAAAGACUCAUGGCAAACAGCAGAAAACGGCACAGCUAUGAGUCUUUGUGCAUCAUGUGUGAGAAGAUCCAGCCUUUGCUAGAGACACAACACCAAGGCUUCGCGGAGGUCCAAACUCUCAUCAAAUCUGAUGUUCAAAGGCUUUACGUCAAAGAUGCACAGGGCAAUGCGCUUGUGGAUAAGAACCAGCUGGAAAAGAUCCUUCUCUUGAACUAUAUGUGCAACACGGAAGCUGAAUAUCAGCAAGGUUUCCACGAGAUGCUUCUCCUCUUCCGGUUGCUUGCUGAAAAGGAGCAUGAGAUCUAUUGGCUGUUCCAAUUCUUUCUCCAAAAAACCGAGAACAGCUGCAUUAUGAACAUUGGGGUGGAAAAGAACCUGCUCAUGCUCAGGGCUCUGAUUGCAUUUCUGGAUCCGGUGUUUGCAGAGCAUUUGGAAGCAAAAGGCCAAGUCAUACCAGCCUUAUUCCCAUGGUUUUGCCUGUUCUUUCAAAGAGUCUUCAGGUCUUUUGAUGAUGUCUGGAGGCUGUGGGAGGUCUUUCUUACUGGACUUCCCUGCAAGAACUUCCAGGUGAUAGUUGCCUAUACCAUACUGCUGAUAGUGAGAGAUCAGGUCGUGACAGAAGACCUGAGUGGAGAUGAAAUCUUGAUGUUGUGCAAUAACAUCGUAGACCUGGAUGCGGACGACUUGAUUGCCAAAGCCUGUACCAUCUAUGAAUAUUUCUUGAAAAACAAUGAUAAGGUUCCAAAGGAGAUCCAGGAAUUCUUUGGUGAAACGAAAGAAUAAAGAUGCUACAGAAUAAAUAUAUUUGAGUGGUC